AUGGCCCCUCCAGUUGAACCAAGCCCCAGGAUGAUCAUGUUGCCCAUCAGCGGUGGCCACAAUCACCACGUCGUGCCUGUGGCUUGUGCCCUCACCUACUCCUGGCUCCUGCUACUUUUUAAUGCCGUCUUCGGCCAGAAGCCCGCCAAGCUGCCCCUGGUGGGCCGCAAGCCCUUCAUUGCUGCCUGGAAUGCACCGCUGGACCUGUGCACUGUCAAGUACAAUGUCCAGGCCAACCUGGAGCACCUCUUCCACAUCAGUGGCAGCCCGCGGGCCAUCCGCACUGGGCAGAAUGUCACCAUUUUCUAUGCCAAUCGGCUGGGCCUCUACCCUUUUUACACGGACCAUGGCGUCCCCAUCAAUGGAGGCCUCCCCCAGAAUUGCAGCCUGGAGGCCCACCUCCUCAAGACGUACAAGGACAUCGACCAUUUUAUGCCCUCUGAGGACUUUGCUGGACUGGCAGUCAUCGACUGGGAGUAUUGGCGGCCUCAGUGGAACCGCAACUGGCACAAGAAGGACAUCUACCGAUGCAAGUCCCGGGAGAUGAUCGCAAAGGCCUAUGUCAACGUGACUCCAUCACAAAUUGAGGUGCUGGCGCGAAAACGCUUUGAGAGGAGUGCCCAGGCAUUCAUGCAGAGGACAGUCCAGCUAGGGACGCGCCUUCGCCCCAAUGGACUCUGGGGCUUCUACCUCUACCCGGACUGCCACAACUACAACCUGCAUGAGCACAACUACACAGGCUCCUGCCCCCUGCGAGAGAGCCUGCGUAAUGACGAGUUGCUCUGGUUGUGGAAUAGCAGUACAGCAUUGUUCCCCUCAGUGGCUAUCAGGAAGAGUCAAACAGACAGUGUCAGCAACCUCCAUUUCUCCCAGUUCAGGGUGCUGGAGUCUCUGAGGAUAGCUGGGCUUACCUCGCAUGACUUUGAGCUGCCCACAUUUGUGUACACACGCUUAGGGUACAGGGAUGAGGCUAUGGCCUUCCUCACCACGACAGACUUGAUCCACACCAUUGGUGAGAGUGCUGCUUUGGGGGCUGCUGGUUUUGUGAUCUGGGGAGACCUCAACCUCACUUCCUCCAAACACAACUGCACAAAGGUGAAGUCCUUCCUCAACCACCGCCUGGGUCAAUACAUCACCAAUGUGACACGGGCCGCAGAGGUCUGCAGUGGCUUCCUGUGCCAGAGCAACGGCCGCUGUGUCCGCAGGGACCUCCACGCCCCGUACUACCUCCAUCUGAGCGGAGACAGCUACCACAUUCAGCCCUCGGGGGACGGGGACUUUGAGGUCAUGGGCAGGCACUCGCUGCAUGAGCUCCAACUACUGGCCAAGAGGUUCCACUGUCACUGCUACGAGGGACACGCCGGGGAGAAGUGUGAUAGCCUGAACAAGUGCCUGAAGCAUUUGGGCAACAAACUAAUGUUGAAAGGGGAGAUUCUCACAAACAUGAUGAUGUUCUCCGUUUUACUCUACGACCCCCACAAGUGUCACGGGAAUCGUCUGAAAGUAACCGGUAACGGUUUAAAAAAUGAAUGGAAGUAUUGA